GGUUACAAUCGCAGAAAAUUUGCUCACGUGACUCACCCAAUGUCAUCAAAGUGAAUUUUUUUACAGUGUAUGAAGUUUUGAAGCUAAUAUUUUCGCUUAAAGCAAACUCAAAUCAUUUUCGUUAUAAUAAUCCCAAAACUUUAGAGUUAUACCAAUAUCCAACUAGCGUAAUAAGCACCCAUGUUACGUAACAAGAACUAUAGACUGCCCAAAAACUCAUCUUGAAUCGGCGAAAGUUUUACAAACAUGGCGGCCGAAACAGGCACCUCCUAUUUUCAGUAUGUCAGCUAAGAGUGGAAUACAGAAUGGAGCGAUGUUGAAGACGUCUAAACGACGGCUGUCCGCAGGGUCAGGGGGACGUGUGGGAGGUGCCAUGCCAAAUUCGUUUCACUCUAAGGCCGAGAUAGAAGAGGCUCGUGAGGCUGUCAAGAAAGAGAUACGGAAGGAGAUGAAGAUUAAAGAAGGGGCGGAAAAACUUCGCGAGGCAACUAGUGAUAAAAAGAGUUUAGCACAUGUACAAACAAUAGUAAAAAAAGCCAACAAUAGAUUACAGGAAUUACAACAAGAGUUGAAUGAACUGAGCACCUACCUCCUUGUUUCUAACAGUCUUGGUGGUGAUGUCAUCGAUGAUGUGCGAUCACCAGAAAUUAACAGAGAUUCCGGUGUAAUGGGGAAUAGUGACAAUAUGAAGGGUGAGGAUGACAAACCCAAUAGACUCAUGUCCCUAGAAAAACAACUCAACAUUGAAAACAAGGUAAAACAAGGAGCAGAGAAUCUGAUCGCUAUGUACAGUACGGGAUCUUCUCGUGACCGGAAACUACUAGCUGAUGCCCAACAGAUGUUAGCCGACUCUAAAACAAAAAUAGAAAUCAUACGUAUGCAGAUACUCAAAGUUAACCAGGAUUCCAGUACUGAAGAUGCCUCACAAAGAUGUGAAGUAUUAUCUCCCCUUGAAUUACGGAUAGAGGAGUUACGUCAUCAUAUAAGAAUAGAAUCAGCUGUCAUGGAAGGUGCCAAAAAUGCGAUCAAACUUUUACAAAUGGCCAAAGAGAAAGAUAAAAAAGCCCUCCAAGAGGCACAAACAAGCUUAUCAGAAUCCAGUCAAAAAUGUGAAUUGUUGCGAAUAUCAUUAGAGAAACGUAUUAACGAGCUUGGACCGAGCUCAAAUUCAGCAAAAAUAGAUUUAUUGAAACAAGAGCUUGACGCUAUGAGUCCAAAUUCAUAUAAUUCUAACAAGCAUCAUAACAGUUUAAAACGUACCCAAAGUAAUUCUCCAUUUGCCAAAGCUGCGGCGCUCACAGGAAAACUUGAAGUUCGACUGGUGGGUUGCCAGGGUUUGCUAGAUGAAAUCCCAGGUCGACGGAAGGAUAGUUUGCAGAUGUUGAUGGCCAGUCCAGGGGAGAGUAAAAGUCUUCUUAGAAAAUCUAAAUCAUACAAUGUUAAAGAGGAAUUAUCAAAUGAAGUAAUGGCUGUGAUAAAGCUAGAUCAUCAACAGGUUGUUCAAACAUCGUGGAAAACUAACAGUCAGCAGUGCUGGGAUCAUAGAGCCAGUAUAGAUCUUGACAGGAGUCGAGAACUGGAAAUAGCAAUAUUUUGGAAAGAUUGGCGUCAGAUGGCAGCUGUCAAGUUUUUACGACUUGAAGAUUUCCUUGACAACCAGAGACAUGGUAUUGCUAUUCAUCUAGAACCUCAAGGCAUCCUGUUUGCUGAGAUUACAUUUUUAAACCCAACCUUGUCUAGAAAACCAAAGUUACAAAGACAAAGAAGAAUCUUCCCUAAACAUAAAGGGAAAAACUUCUUGCGUCCUGGUCAGAUGAAUAUAAAUGUAGCAACAUGGGGUCGGUUAAUGAAAAGAGCUAUCCCUCCACAGUGUGCAGAUCCUUCAAGUGCUUUCAGUCCACCAGCUGUUAAUACUGCUAUGAGACCUGCUGUUCACCCGAUACAUUUUGAACCUGUCACGCCUGAUGAUAAACAGCUCAAUAAUCAACAUCAUUCCGAAACUCUUAACACUUCCAGAUCGCCUGAAGGCCAGGAAAGAGAUGUACAGGAAGCAUUAAAGUCGCUAGAUUUUCUUGGUGAAGAUUUGCCUGGUCAUAUGAUAGAUUUAGACUCACUACCUGCCAAUAAUGUGGGCUUGCGGACUCCCGCCUCACAGAUACCCCCUGCCAACUAUGCCAGUCCCCGAGCCCCAUCACCCCCACCUCCUUUACCUACAGAAGCCCCGCCCAGUAUUUACGAUACACCAAGCAGACCAUAUGCACCAGUUGUUCAACUGUCACAACCAGAUUUUACCGGUCAAGCUGUUAAUAUGACAGAGUUUCGACCCAUUAGUGUUCUUGGUCGUGGCCAUUUUGGAAAGGUCAUAUUAUCUGAGUAUAAAAAUACAGGGGAAUAUUUUGCCUUAAAAGCAUUAAAGAAAGGGGAGAUAAUUGCGAGAGAUGAAGUGGAAAGUCUUAUGUCAGAGAAGAGAAUUUUUGAAGUGAUUAAUGCCAUGAGACAUCCAUACCUCGUGAAUUUGUUUGCUUGCUUCCAAACUCAGGAGCAUGUAAUAUUUGUGAUGGAGUAUGCAUGUGGGGGAGAUUUGAUGAUGCAUAUACACAAUGACGUAUUCACUGAACCACGUACAGUGUUUUAUGCAGGCUGUGUUGUUCUAGGGUUGCAAUAUUUACAUGAGCAUAAUGUUGUUUAUAGAGAUUUAAAGUUGGAUAACUUACUGCUAGAUUCAGAAGGUUAUCUUAAAAUUGCUGACUUCGGUCUAUGUAAAGAAGGAAUGGGAUUUGGUGACCGAACCAGUACGUUCUGUGGAACACCGGAAUUUCUUGCCCCGGAAGUGUUGACAGAACCAUCAUACACUAGAGCAGUUGAUUGGUGGGGUCUUGGUGUACUUAUAUUUGAAAUGCUUGUAGGAGAGUCACCAUUCCCUGGUGAUGAUGAGGAAGAAGUGUUUGAUAGUAUAGUAAAUGAGGAGGUGAAAUAUCCACGAUUCUUAUCCACAGAGGCCAUAGCUAUAAUGAGGAGGUUGUUACGUCGUAACCCUGAUAGAAGAUUAGGAUCCAGUGAGAGAGAUGCUGAAGAUGUUAAGAAACAAGCUUUCUUUAGGAAUCUCGAUUGGAAUCAGUUGUUAAUGAGGAAAGUAAAGCCACCAUUUGUUCCCACUGUAGGUCAUUCAGAGGAUGUCAGUAACUUUGAUGAUGAGUUUACUCAGGAAAAAGCUAUAUUAACACCAGCUAAAGAUAGACGAAGUUUGAAUCUGGAAGAUCAAGAACUGUUCCGUGACUUUAAUUACAUUGCGGACUGGUGCUAGCCCAUGGAAUAAAAUUUUGUUUUGAGAUAUCAAAAAGUUGUUCGGAGCAAGUUCCACAAUUUUCCCUAGUUUUAUACCAGUGUUGCGAAGAUCGUUCUAGUUGUGUUUGUUGAAUCAAGCGUAAAGAAAUUGUAUCAAGACAUGUGCUGAUAUAAUGUGUUGUAGGUGGAAUAUACAACUUCUAAAGGAAAUUUAAUAAGUUUAGUGCCAAGUCAUAAUGUAUAUGGUACAGAAGUUUCUAUUUACGCAGGGUUUGAUUUUGUUUCAAUAAAUUUUAAGAAAAAUUUAUAUCGUAAGAAAAUAACCACUUCCGUAAAUUUCAAGGACGGCUAAAAUAACUUUACAUCUUAAAAAAACCGCUGUGUAAUACCCAGUUGAAUUUUUCUUCCAAUGUAUCUUGGCUUACUAUGAUUGGUUGGAAAUUUUGAGACAUCUAAAUAUACAAUAAGCUGUUCAAUGGAAAGUGUAAAUGAAAUCUUAAAUGUGCCAAUAUUAAUUGUACUUUCUUGGCAUAUACUGUUAAUAAGUGUGGGCUGGAGAGGGUGAGAGACACUGACUUGCCAAAAAGUGCUAAUACUGAAGUACAUUUUGUGUCUUUUUUUCCUUUUUGGGGGGCAGAAAAAUGCCAAAGAAAGAAAAAUGAAAUUAAAAGAAGCAGAGAAAAAAAAAAACGAUAAUGAGAUUUUUCAGAUAUGAUGGAUUAUGUUCAUGAGAUGGCUGUGCUUUAUUGAUUGGCUACUGUUUUAAAAGUGUCUUAUCUAUGCAACAUCUGUGAAUGCAGUAAAAGUGACCUGAAACAUGUUUAUGGCAAUAAUUUCUGUCUUUGUUUUUCUGAUGUAUAUUAAUGCUAGAGCUUUCUAGACUAGAAUGGGUGAAGUGAUGUAAAAAAAUUAACUGCGGACAAUUUUUGCCUUAAUAGUCUUCCUGUGAUGGUGAAGUGUUAACCCUAACUGAGAUCAACUUCUGAGAAGAUUGGUGAAAUAACAAAUUAUGAUCUGUUAAACCAGUAAAGUGGGGGGGGGGGGAGCAUGUUUGUUUAUAACUUUAAAUGGAUUGGUCUACAAUGGGCAUAUUUUCCUUAUAUAUAUUAAGAAGAACAAAAGAAAUCUAUCAUAUAGAUAUUCUUAUAAAAUAUUUCUAGAAAAAAAUAUGUCAAUACUGUUUCAGAAUGAAAAUGUAUAUGAUGACAAAUAAUAUUCUGUUAUGAAAUAAUUUACUAGUAUUAUCCGCUAUGUAUAGAUAUGUUAUAAGGUAUCCAAAAAUAUGUUCUUUCCAAUAACAUCCCAAUAUAUAUUUAUAUUCUUUCAAGGUUUACAUAUCAAGACCGCCUCCGUGGUCGAGAGGUUAGAGUCGAUGACUUCUAAUCCAGUUACCUCUCUGGGGUGGGUUCGAUCCCCGGGAGAUGCUUUGGUAGUUUAGCGCGGAGGAAGGUAGUCUUGUACUGGUGUAACUCUCCAGGAACGAUGGUUAGGAAACUACCCGCCUAUAUGACUGAAAUACUGUUGGAAUAAGGCGUAAAAUGAAACAAACAAACAAACAAAUUUAAUAUCAAUCGACAAUUAAAUGUAGUGUUACAGACCUUCCAUUAUUGACCAGUUCAGUUUAAGAAAAAAAUUGCAAAAAAUUUUGAUGUUAACAGAACACUUGAGAAAUGCAGUGUAUUUUUUAAUGUCAAGUUUGUUAUGCUUACUGACUAUAAGUCUUAAAGUGUAGAUUUAAGCUAGGCCAUAAGAAUGAUUAUAAGGGGGUAUUUUUGGUCGGAUUCUCAAUUAGGAUCUUCCUAAGUUCAUCAAAACUUUCAUUAAUAAAAUCCUUCAUUUAGCUAUAUCAUGUGAUGUUAUGUUUAUUAAAUAUCAUAGUCCUGACAUUUUGAACAGAUUUGUUUUUGAAAAAAAAAACUUAGUUACACAUGUGCAUGACUGUUAAGGUAUAUGAAACAAUUAUAAAAAUUGUGAAAGAAAACAUUUUUUUAUGCUUGUUUAAAGUAAUCAAAAAAAGAUUAUUUUUUGGGUAAAUAUUUUUCUCCACAAAUUUAUGUAAACUUUAAGGAAAAGACUAUUGCUAGCAAUUUUUUUAAAUGUAAUCACCAUCGGUGAAAAGAUUCUUUUCAAAUACUGAAAUUUCCAACAUUUGACCCUGGUCAAAUGUACUCGUAUAACUUGUUUAAAUAGCAUGUGGACCAUGGUCAAUUGGACUCAGAUAUCAUGGUCAAAUCAAAUGUGUUUCAGGUAGAAGAGAGUAUUGUUCAAACAGAAGAACUAUUGGUAUAAAUUAUGCCAAUUUUAUCAUACAUUUUAGUACUCUGUAUGUUAAUGAAGGGAUUUUUGUGCCACUUUAUAAAAGUGCUUGAAGUUUCCAUUUUAGAUAAAUUUUCAUAUUUUUCUACAUCUGCUAUGUCAUAUAUUUAUAUUCGUUCUAUAAACCAUUUGUUUGUUUUUAUGUUACACAAUCAGCAUUUCAUUUUUCCAUGUUAUUUUUGUAUAAAUUGUCAAAGUUUGUUUUUCUACAUGGGCAAAACUCGUUAUGUAUAUUGAGUAAGUGUUCUAACAGUAAAGAAAAUUAUAAUUAGGUUGUUACUAUGGCGUUACUGUGGGCAUUAAUGAAUAUUGCAAGGCAAUAAUCCUAUUGCCUACGUAUUGACAAAGAAAAAAUAUUUCAGUCUGUAAUUGAUAACAUUUAUUUAGCCUGCUGACCACAACUAAUAUACCCAAGUGACCAGUGCAGACCAAGAUCAGCUUGUAUAUCUGUGCCGUCUGAUCAUGGUCUGCACUGUUCACUAUUUAAUAAAAAGUUAUUUUGAAAUUUUCCCUUAAAGUGAUGAAUAUUUUUGUCCAGAUUAAAAAAUAGAUAUGUUGAUUUAAGAUAUCAAGCGUUGUUAGGGUAACAAAUUUGAAUUUUUAAUGUAAAAAGAAAAGAUGAUAAAAAUUUGAAAUUAAAUGAAAGAUAAUACAUGUAAUAUUAAGUUUUUAUUGUUUUUUUUUCAAUGGUGUUUCAAAUGAUGUCCUUGGGUUUGUAACCCUUAAACCCUGUUACAACUUGUGUUCGUACUGACAGAACUGAGCCACCUGUGUGAAGCCAAUUACGGUAAUCAUGUACUUUACAGGAAAGAUCUGAGGAGUCAAGUAUUCUGACACAAUAUCAAGAUUCAAACCAAUGCUAUUCACUACCUCUUGUAAUAUGAUAAUAUUGAUAUUGUAAGAUCAGUCUUGAGAGCUCUUUCUUAAGAAAUACCAGCAUCAAUGUCCAGUUGUAUGGGCUUAUUUUGCCUUCUGACUCCAAUCAAUAAAAAAAAAAAAAAAUUUAAAUACUAAAAAAUUAAAGAACCAUCAAUGAAAUGCAGAAAAAAAAAAUUAACAUGAACAUUAUCACUGGCAAAACGUCUUAUCAAGAACAAGUAUAAUUCUUGAAAAAAUAAUCUUUAAAAAAAAUAAUGACUUUUUCCUUUGCCUUUAUAGAAGUAUGUCUCUGGUACAAUGUCUGGGUGUAUUAAAACAUUUUUUGUAACUUUCCGACAUUGAAUGAAUAAAUUUUGUGUAAAUUUUUAGCUCACCUGUCACAAAGUGACAGGGUGAGCUUUUGUGAUCGCUUUUCGUCCGGCGUCCGUCCGUCGUCCGUCCGUAAACUUUUGCUUUAAAUGACAUCUCCUCAUAAACCACUGAGCCAAUUUCAUCCAAACUUCACAGGAAUGUUCCUUUGGUGGUCACCUUUAAAAAUUGUUCAAAGAAUUUAAUUCCAUGCAGAACUCUGGUUGCCAUGGCAACAGAAAGAAAAAUCUUUAAAUAUCUUCUUUUAAACAACCCUAAGAGCUAGAGCUUAGAUAUUUGGCAUGAAACAUCUUCUAAUGAGUGUCUACCAAGUUUGUUCAAAUAAAAGCCCUGGGGUCAAAAUUGGCCCCGCCCCCGGGGGGUCAUUGAUUUUCCCUAUAUGCAUAUAGUAAAAACUUAAAAGAUCUUCUUUUAAAGAACUGUAAGAGCUAGAGCUAAGAUUUUUGGCAUGGAACAUCUUCUAGUGAGUGUCUACCAAGUUUGUUCAAAUAAAAGCCCUGGGGUCAAAAUUGGCCCCGCCCGGGGGGUCAUUGAUUUUCCCUAUAUGCAUAUAGUAAACACUUAAAAAAUCUUCCUUUAAAGAACUGUAAGAGCUAGAGCUUAGAUAUUUGGCAUGAAACAUCUUCUAGUGAAUGUCUACCAAGUUUGUUCAAAUAAAAGCCCUGGGGUCAAAAUUGGCCCGCCCCAGGGGGUCAUUGAUUUUCCCUAUAUGCAUAAAGUAAAAACUUAAAAAAUCUUCUUUUAAAGAACCCAAAGAGCUAGAGCUUAGAUAUUUGGCAUGAAACAUCUUCUAGUGAAUGUCUACCAAGUUUGUUCAAAUAAAAGCCCUGGGGUCAAAAUUGGCCCCGCCCUGGGGGGUAAUUGAUUUUCCCUAUAUGCAUAUAGUUUAAACUUAAAAAAUCUUCUUUUAAAGAACCGUAAGAGCUAGAGCUUAGAUAUUUGGCAUAAAACAUCUUCUAGUAAAUGUCUACCAAGUUUGUUCAAAUAAAAGCCCUGGGGUCAAAAUUGGCCCCGCCCCAGGGGGUCAUUGAUUUUCCCUAUAUGCAUA